AGUCAAUACGUCCAUGUCCCAAAAUCCGAAUUAGACGAGGUACAACUUCGUCAGCUUGAGGAACAUGAAAUCUCGCAGGGCCCGCUGUCAGUUCUUCAGCAAGCCGUUCGAAACCAUGCGCAGGUCCUCAUAUCCCUACGGAAUGACAAAAAGCUUCUUGCACGAGUAAAAGCCUUUGACCGGCACAGUAACAUGGUACUGGAAAAUGUUAAAGAGGCACGUCCUCUUGCCAUUAUGUGGACGGAAAUUCCUAAAGGGAAGAACAAAAAGCCUGUAAACAAAGAUAGGUUUAUUAGCAAGAUGUUUUUGCGGUGA